AUUAGCGACGAAUAAAGAUAAAGAGUAAGGGCUAAAAUAUAUGUUACAGUUACAUUAAGGUUACAGGAUAUCGGAUUUCUUUAUUUUUUAAGUAAGAAAUAUGAACUAAUUUUUAAUUGGGGAUGUGCUACUGUGGCUACAAUUGAAAAUGUAUUCAUUUAAUGUGGCAUAAAUCACUGAAUAAAUUGGUUUUAUGCGUGACUUUGUAGUUGUUUUGAUGCACAGCUGACAUCCAAAUAACAAAAUAUAAACAAAUAUGGCGACUAGUGCUUACAGUCUUGAGGCAAGCGGAGGGAAAGAUGAAAAUCUUGAAAGAAUGUUCAAAAAUUUCACAUUUAAGUGCUUACAAGUGAUUGUUCAGUCUCGAUUAGAAAACAAGAUUAAACGGACGAAUAAAGAGACAUCAUCUGCUGAUUAUGUAAGUUUAUUUAGGCUAUUUAAUAUUUAUUAGUUUAGAUUUAGAAAAUAUAAAAUUAUGAAUUUAAUUAAUGAUUAUGAUUUUCAUGUCAGUUAAUUCAGCUGUCUGAGAAUAGAUAUUCACUUAAAAACUAAGAGUAAAUUCAUCUUAGUAAUAUCCCUUAGUUUGUGGAAAGCACUUUACAGCCCACUACUACUAUUAGUCAACUAGACUUACUCAGUAAAUGAAAAUGAAAAUGUAUCCACCACCAACCAAAGACAUAAUUCACUUCAAACCAUCAUAAUAUUAAUAAAUUCCUGUUCACACGAAACAUCAAUAAUUUAGUAAUUGGGUAUAAUUAACCAUAUAAGACCUAAUUUAUUGCAACAAUUUUGACUUUAUAUAAUAAUAAUAAUAAAGUUCAUUUCAAAAACACGCUUCAUCCCCAAAGGCUCGAAGCGCGGUACAAAGUCAACAAAAAACAAAUCUAUAAUUUACCACAUUUAAAACAAACGCAACACUACAAAAACUAAUUACAAGCAUACAAUGGCAAAGUCUUUCUAGCCAUUUCAACCAUAAGCAACACAGCAAUUAUGCAUUAACUGGAAAAUAAGGUAGGCAAUCAUCCCAGAAGGUGUUUGCGAAAUAGAUGUGUCUUUAAAUCGGUUUUAAAGGACUCCUGUGUCUGGUUGUUUCUGAGAUCGACAGGUAGAGCGUUCCAAAUUGUUGGACCAGCAAAUGCGAAAGUGCGCUUUCCGUAAGUCUCAAGGCAAACACGUGGUGUCGAGAGUUUGCCACUAUCGGAUGAGGGGAGCUCUCUAGUGGGUACAUAAGGCGUCAGCAGCUCUUUCAGAUAGGAUGGAUUUAAUCUGCCGUCAUAUAAUAAUUUAGCCAAUUAAUUUUAACAACUCAUCCCCUGGCUCAUUCAGAUAGCCAACUGCAGAACCCUUUCAGUUAUAGUUAUAGAUAUAAUGAAUAAAACACUAUUUUGGAGAAAAAGAAAAAAUCCCCCCACCACCCCAUUUUUUCACUGUUUGUAAAAAUUUUUCAUAAAAAAUUUUUUCCCUUUGCCCCCCCCCCCCCCUUUUUUUUUCCCCAUCCCCACAUCGUUUUAUAAGCCUGUUGUCAUUUUUGAAUGUAUCGGGUUCCCUCUGAUUUUCAAAGUUUAGCUUAUGCGUUAUUUUUUAAAAUAUAUUUUUUCAACAGUUCUGCAUCACUAUCCCUGAUAAUCAAACAAUAGAGGAGCAAAUCAGAAAAGUUUUGGAUGGUGUACGGUCUUUUCCUGUGAAAGAGCAAAGUGUAUGUGUAGAGAUUCCCCUUGUGACCAAUGAUGGAGAUCACAUGUUUUUGGAGACAUGGGACAUAAGUUUUAACCUGAGUAGUUUGGACACGACUGCUAACAAGUUGCAACAUGUCUUCACUCGAAUGUGUACGUUAUAUAUAAUGAUUCGUAAUAUUCUUGAAUAUUAAGUUCUAUAUUGAUUUGUUUAUUUCUGGAUCUGUUAAAGUGUGUUUCAUUACAGCACAAUGUUUUAAAGCAGCAAAACAAAUUUUUAAUUCUUCCUUUUAUAGGUGUGACAUUAAAGUCUUUACUUUGUGCUACACGUGCAAUGCCUGCUUUCAAGUUAGCUAGAAAUCAGGGUGAAAAAGGUGGAGGAUAUAAGCUCAACUACAGAUUUUACUUGGGCAAACCACAGGUUUUGUUCCAUUUUGUUUUAUUUUAAUGUAGAUUUAACAUUAGACACAUUACAAUCUUAGACAGUCAGCAUUAAUUUUUACCUAUCUUUGACACGGCUGUGAGAAAAUAAUGUGUUUAAGAAUGGUUUGAACUAGAAAGUUUAACAACCAAUGUUGCUAAGCCAAUAGACAAUUUUAACUUCUAAAACAUUUUCUCCCAAUUUCAGACUCACUAUUUAGGUGAAGGUUUCCGCACAGUUAAGGCUGGUGCGGUGCCAACAGCUCAGGGCCUUCUUGCAAUCAAUGCAUCAUUCCGCACUAAACUUCUCCUCUCCCCGGAAAUGUCUGCUUCUGCCAGGAUAGCCAUUGAGAUGACUGAUGACUACUUUGUCAAUGACUCCAGAGCUGCAUCUGCACCCCCGACUCUCUCUGACCCUCAGCCAUGUUCACCUUCACAGAGAAGGUUAGACUUGAUUUAAUUUUUCACCUUUAUAUAGGGAAUGAGUUUAUGGAUAGCUUUCAUUCAAUUUAUUCCAGUUAAUAACACAAGAAAGUGAAACUUAAUAAGUUUUGUUAAUUUUAAUCAUGAUCUCAUUUACAGCCAAUAUUUGACAAUGUGAAAAUUAUAACUUUAUUUGCUAUAAUUAUUAUUUUUAAAUUUAUAUUGAAAGCACUUAAAAUGAUUUGCUUUUUGAAUUUGUAAUAUGCUGAUUCAUGAGUGUCAAAUCUGUCUUUUUCACAAAAUGAACAAAAAAGUUAAGUUCUCAUUGAUUUGUCUUUUUUUUUUUACCAGCCCUGUAACUAGGUCAGAAAGUCCAUACUAUUUUGCUGUCUCCCCUGGCUCACUGGAGAAAGAAAAUUGUGAACUCAGGGCUAGGCUAGUCUCUGAAUCCACCCCUUGGUGUCAGACAAGGUAAGUUUGUCGUACAAAAGAAAUAUGUUAGGUUAUAAACAAUUAUGAUCAAUUGAGCACAGAUUUAGGAUGCAUAGUUUAUACAGGUAUAAAAUAACAUUUGGAAUAGCUGAUCUCAUAAUUCAUAAUGAGCUUGGAUUUCUAGAGAAUGUAAUUUUAAAAAAUUCUUUGUCAAAUAUAAUCUUUACUUUCACUAUUUUUUUUUUUUUUCAAUAUUUUUUUUUUCCAAUUCAUUAAUUUUAACAUUCAAUUAUAAAUACUGACUUAAAGAAGGGUAAUUAAAUAAAAAUUUGGUCAAUUCAUAAUUCAUAAUGAGCUUGGAUUUCUAGAGAAUGUAAUUUUAAAAAAUUCUUUGUCAAAUAUAAUCUUUACUUUCACUAUUUUUUUUUUUUUUCAAUAUUUUUUUUUUCCAAUUCAUUAAUUGUAACAUUCAAUUAUAAAUACUGACUUAAAGAAGGGUAAUUCAAUAAAAAUUUGGUCAAGUGUUUUAACAUUUUCUCGUUAUAUUUUCAGCAUUUUAAAUUUAGAAGAGCUACCUGAGCCUAUUGUGGGGGCCUUUUCUGUCCAAAAGCCUGGCCACCGCAAAGUGUUUGAUCACAAAAUACCAUUUGAAGGCUUGAUGAAGAGGAGCAUGAUAGCCCGACAAGAGCAGCAAAAGGCAGCACAGGCCAGGAUGUCUUCAGAAGAAGGAGACAGUGAUGUUGAUGGGAAUGCAAGAUGUAAAAAGGACACAAAAGCUAAAAAUAAGGAAAAUGAAAACAAAAACAUUCCUUCUUCAGUUUUGGAUGGACACAGUGGACAGAAAAUGUCUUUAGAAGAAGAAUUUGUAAUGGUUGAUGUGAGUUAUAUUUUUUUAAUUACAGCUAUAUCUGGAUAAUCUACUGUGGAGAAGUUAAAGUUAUUAACUGUUAUUGGAAUGGUGGUUAGGGCACAUGACUUCUAAAUUCAUCAAUUUUCUUAUUUGUAACUGAAUAGGAAAAGGAUAAACCUAAAUGAGUAAUUUAGAGGGUGAUGGCAUUUGAUAAUAUAUAUGUAUAUAUAUACCAAUAUAAUAUAUAUAUAUAAAUGCAAGGUAUUGCCUCACCACCCUCCACUCCGUACCCACUCCCAAAUUGAACCCACCUCUCCCACAAUUCUUUCCCUUCACGUUUCUCCACCAACUCCUAAGACCUUACAUUUAAACCUUCUUCUCCUAGACAACAUCUUCACCAGCAUAUAUCCCGUUCUCCGUCUGUGCUCUCACCUUUAAAAACAAGUGGCUUCUCCCCACCACCCUUACCCCAUCCCACCAAAAGACCCACUUAUUAAUACAUUUUUUUUUUAAUUUGGAGAUAUUGAAAUGAAGAAAAAUAAGAUGACUCAUUCAAAAUCUGUUACUUUGGGGCACCUGUACAUUACUGUCUACUGAAUGCCAAUAUAUUGCCAGAUCUUUGCUUAACGAUAUUUAAAAGCUUUUUUAAAAUAUCACAGAAUUUGAGUAACGGUAAUGAUGUAUUGAGAUUAGAAAUAAAACUGUAAUUGGUAAAAUAAUUAUUACUUAAAUUAUUUUUAAAAACUUUGGUAAUUCACUCUAUUAAUACCGUAAAUAUUUUAAAGAAAUUUUUAAUUCUUUGCUAUUAUAAUGCAUAGUCUAAUAUAAAUGCGAAAAUCUUUAAAUUUAUUUUUAAUUAUAAUUUUAUCACAGAAACCUCCCUUUGCUGCUGAUAAUGAUCCAAGAGAUGUAAAAGCAUUUCUUGACGUCUUCUUCCGUGCUCCCAAGACAUAUGAGGCCCAUGAAUGUAAAAUCUCAGUGGAGGAUUACCUGAACGAUGUGGAGGCUUUGGUUUCAAGGCUGGAAGAAGAUAUGCCAGUACUGGAUGACUUCUGUCAGUCUGUCAUACUCAACAGUCAAGAGGAGAAUGAUGAGAAUCCAUUGUUUAGUUGAUAUUUGCUGUGACUUAUGGGAUCAAAAGGAUGGUUGAAUUGUUUGAAGCUUUAGUGCAUGAUUUGAGUGACUGAGUUAGUGUGAGGGCAUUCAUGAUUCAGGUGCUAAUAGCACCAGAAAGUUCUAGUAUUAGUAGAGAACCUUAACAAGUUGUUCAGUGACAUCACCUGCCGAACAUUGAACCUGCUUGUAGGAACCAUUUGUACUGAAUCAUUAAAUUCAGAAUUGGAUAGUUUAAAAAAAAAAAAAUCAGUAUUAAAUAUCUUAUUUAAUUUUCCAACAAAUACAAACUUUUGGCUCCUUGGCUCACAGGUUGUGGACCUCUAAGUCUAAACUAAUGUUGGGAAACAGAACAUAAACCACCAGAGUUUUCAUUACAAAAUUAUGUGUAUCUGUCAUGUUGUGUACCACUGCCCCACACAAAGGUAGAAAAUUAUUCAAUAAAUUUGAAAGAAAAUGUACGUCUGUAUUAUUGAAAUAAAAUAAUUUUUUUAAUGUAAGCAGGGUAUACUAUAAAUGUAUCCUCUAAUUCUUGUUCAGUGGAUGAACUGUAUUAUACAACUAUGUGUAUAAAUAAUUAUUAGCAAGAGCAGGAUUUUUCAAAAGGCAUUUAAUUUGGAUAAGAAGGGGAAAGUCUUUUAGACCCAUUCAAGAUGUUGCAAGGUCAAACAUGGCCUUAACCCAGUACUCGCAGCAUGUAGGAUGUUGAUCAGAGAGGUUUGCCAUUGCUGACAUCACAUAAAAAUACAUCUUAGGUCAUUGUUAAUGAAGAAGUGGUGCAGAGUCAACAUUGAUAACUCUAAUAAAUCUAUCAUAUGUUUAAGGGGUUUAGAAAUGAGCUAUAGUUGCAAUACUAGAAAUUUCCAAUAUGUCUCCUUCUUGUCACACAGACAUAGAAAGAUGAGGUGACAGAGCUAGAUAAUAGAAUUAGAUCCCUCAGCACCUGGAUUGUUUUGAGGCGCGAUACUGGAUUGGUGAUAUUUUGGAGGUGAAAUGAUGUAGUCAUUACACAUUUUAAUGAUAUAAACAUGAUUGUUAUUUACUGCUUUAAAUGUGUGUAUUACUGUAUAUCGGUGCUUUAUUGUUAAGCUGAAUGUUAAGUAUGAUGUGCAGUGCAGUAAAUGUCCUCUUCUGUUAUCUAUCAUCAAACUCCAGUCAUUCCAACAUUGAAUUAACUAUUUCAUAUUGCAUUCACCUGCAUCCUCUUUGUGAGAGGAUUUAAUUCACUUUAAAAUAAUGAUUUAUUUUUUGUGGGUUCGAAAUAUUUUUUAUUGCGAAAGAACUC